AGAGAGAGAGAGACUGUAUUUUUAACGACAUCUCUAAUAUUCACGCUGAUGCAUUUUGAUGCGUCGCCUUUUUCGCGUUGCUCCGUUUUCCGCGCGCGCCGCAGCUCGCCCCAAAGGACAGGAACGACGGAAAAGGAGAAGGAAGAAAAAAAAAGAGGGACGUGCAUAAGAAAAAAAAAACCGUUUCUUUGUGUGUUUAUUUAUUUUUUGUUGUUGUUGUUGUUGUUCUUAUCCGAGAUGUGAAAAAAAGGAGGAAGAAGUGGCGGAGUGUAAAAGUGUAGGCCGUGUGUGAGGGCGAAGAAGAAAAAAAAAAAUAGAGAGAUAACUGAUAGAGAAAAAGGGAGCAGCGCGAGACGGAGCGGAGCCGCACGCGACAGAAUGAAAGAGUGGCGGAUGAGUGCCGCGGCGUUGGUAGUGUCGUUGUUAUUCCUCUCUUUUAAUUCCUUCGCUUCCUCGUUUUUCGGCGGUUGUAAAGAAGUGUGACUGCACGAACGAAGGCCGGCUAGGAGAGGUGGAGGAGGAGGAGGAGGAGGAGGUGGUGGUGAAGGGAGAGAGAGAGGGGGAGGGCGCGAGCGAGCGCGUGUAGCGGAGAGACAAAAAACCCGGCGGAAGGACACGAGUUUUUUUUUUGUGUGUGUGUGCGCGCGCGUGUGUGAGGCGCCUGGAAGACAGAGGAAGGAAAAAAGGGAGGAAAGACAACAAGAUGUCGGCGGUGAAAAGACCGAGAGGACGGCCUCCGAAAAACACUAAUGGUUCAAGCAACCAGGCCCGGCUGCUCAGCCCACCGAUGAAGAGCAGCUCCUCCUCUUCUUCCUCCUCCUCCUCUUCCUCGUCUUCCUCGUCUUCGUCCUCGCACUCGUCCUCCUCAGAGAAGCGUGUCCCCAAGCGGCAGCAGCAGAUGGAGGUGUUGUCGCUGGAAGACAAGCAGCAGAAGGCCAACCGCAUCAUCUCUGAGGCCAUCGCCAGGGCACGCGAGCGGGGCGAGAAGAACAUCCCGCGCGUCAUGAGCCCCGAGAGUUUCCCCAGCUCCUCCCAGCUACACAAGCACAGAGCGGGAUCCUCGAAAUCCAGAGCGAAGAAGGGCUGCAAAAGCGCUCGCAUCAUCAAGUCUCCCAGAGAAAAGCAGAAGAGUCUGAUCAAGAAAAUAGUGAUAAAGAUCGGGAAGAAGAAGAAACGCAAGACGGAAUCUUCAGACGAGCUCUCGGAUGAUGAACCGCCGCCUCGACGACCCUCCAAAGACGACUCGAAGCGUCGGUCGAACCGACAGAUAAAGAGGAAGAGGUACGCCGAGGAGCAGGAGGCCCGGCUGUCUGAUGAGGAAAUGAAGGUCAUCGCCAAAGCCAAGAAGAUCAAUGCGAACACUCCGAAAGAGCCUGCAGUACAGCUGUUUGUGGAGAAUCCCAGUGAGGAGGAAGGAGCGGUGGUGGAUAAAAUCAUGGCCUCUCGCGUAGUGAAGAAGGAGGUGUCUCCAGGGGUUGUGGUAGAAGUGGAGGAGUUUUUUGUCAAAUACAAAAACUACUCUUAUCUGCAUUGUGAGUGGGCUACAGAGCAGCAGUUGGAGAAGGACAAGAGGAUCCAGCAGAAAAUCAAACGCUUCAAGAUGAAACAGGCCCAGAGAGCGCAUUUCUUCGCCGAUAUGGAGGAGGAUCCAUUUAAUCCUGAUUAUGUAGAAGUGGACAGAGUCCUUGAGGUCUCGUACUGCGAGGACAAGGACACUGGAGAGCCUGUGGUGUAUUACUUGGUGAAGUGGUGUUCUUUGCCGUACGAAGACAGCACGUGGGAGCUAAAGGAAGAUGUGGAUCAGAGUAAGAUCGUGGAGUUUGAGCAGCUGCAGGCAGUGAGACCAGACUCCAGAAGAAUGGAGCGCCCCCCAGCAAGUCACUGGAAGAAGCUGGAGCAGUCGAGGGAGUACCGGAACGGGAACAGUCUCAGGGAAUACCAGCUGGAGGGCGUUAACUGGCUGCUUUUCAACUGGUACAACAGGCGUAACUGUAUCUUGGCUGAUGAGAUGGGUUUGGGGAAAACCAUCCAGUCGAUCACGUUCCUGGACGAGAUCCUCUCCACUGGGAUCAAAGGGCCGUUCCUGAUCAUCGCCCCGCUCUCCACUAUCGCUAACUGGGAGCGCGAGUUCCGCACGUGGACUCACCUGAACGUCAUCGUCUAUCACGGCAGCGCGCUCAGCCGCCAGAUGCUGCAGCAAUACGAAAUGUACUUCCGAGACGCUCAGGGUCGUGUGCUGAGAGGCGUGUACCGGUUUCAGGCGGUUAUCACCACGUUCGAGAUGAUUUUAGGAGGCUGUCCGGAGCUCAACGCUAUCGACUGGCGCUGUGUGAUCAUCGACGAAGCUCAUCGCCUGAAAAACAAGAACUGCAAGUUGCUGGAGGGCUUCAAACUCAUGCGUCUGGAGCAUAAAGUGUUGUUGACUGGCACACCGCUGCAGAACACCGUAGAGGAGCUGUUCAGUCUGCUGCAUUUCUUAGAGCCCUCACGGUUCCCCUCUGAAAGCACCUUCAUGCAGGAGUUUGGAGACCUCAAAACUGAAGAACAGGUCCAGAAGCUGCAGGGCAUAUUGAAGCCGAUGAUGCUUCGCCGCCUGAAGGAGGACGUCGAGAAGAAGCUGGCUCCAAAAGAGGAGACCAUUAUCGAGGUGGAGCUCACCAACAUCCAGAAAAAAUACUACCGUGCCAUUUUAGAGAAGAAUUUCUCCUUCCUGGCCAAAGGAGCCGGCCAAGCCAACGUCCCCAAUCUGGUCAACACCAUGAUGGAGCUGAGGAAAUGCUGCAACCACCCCUACCUCAUCAAAGGCGCGGAGGAGAAGAUCCUGGAGGACUUUCGCGAGGUGUGCAGCCCCUCGGCCCUGGACUUUCACCUGCAGGCCAUGGUGCAGUCCGCCGGCAAACUCGUCCUCAUCGACAAGCUGCUUCCUAAAAUGAAGGCCGGCGGCCACAAAGUGCUCAUCUUCUCUCAGAUGGUGCGCUGCCUCGACAUCCUCGAAGACUACCUCAUCCAGAGACGAUACCUCUACGAGCGGAUCGACGGGCGCGUACGCGGAAACCUUCGCCAGGCUGCGAUAGACCGUUUCAGUAAGCCCGACUCGGACCGCUUCGUCUUCCUGUUGUGCACGAGAGCAGGAGGCCUGGGCAUUAACCUCACUGCUGCCGAUACCUGCAUCAUCUUUGACUCGGACUGGAACCCUCAGAAUGACCUGCAGGCCCAGGCUCGGUGCCACAGAAUCGGGCAGAACAAGGCGGUGAAGGUGUACCGGCUCAUUACACGCAACUCGUACGAGCGGGAGAUGUUUGACCGGGCCAGUCUGAAGCUUGGAUUAGACAAAGCUGUGCUGCAGAGUAUGAGUGGGCGGGACAACAGUCUCGGAGGAGGAGGGACGAUGCAGCAGCAGCUCUCUAAGAAAGAGAUCGAGGACCUGUUGAGGCGCGGCGCGUACGGCGCGCUCAUGGACGAGGAAGAUGAGGGUGCCAAGUUCUGUGAGGAAGAUAUCGACCAGAUCCUGCAACGCAGAACCAAAACUAUCACCAUCGAGUCAGAGGGACGGGGGUCUACUUUUGCCAAGGCCAGUUUCGUAGCCUCUGGAAAUCGCACGGACAUUUCUCUGGACGAUCCCAACUUCUGGGAUAAAUGGGCGAAGAAGGCCGAGAUCGAUCUGGACACGGUCAACGGCAGAAACAGCCUGGUGAUCGACACGCCGAGGGUAAGGAAACAGACGCGGCCGUUCAGUGCCACUAAAGACGAACUGGCUGAACUGUCGGAGGGUGAGAGCAGCGGAGACGACAAGCCCAAACUGCGGCGGCUGCACGACCGCCUCAACAGCUACGGCCGCACAGAGUGCUUCAGGGUGGAGAAGAACCUCUUGGUGUACGGGUGGGGCCGCUGGAGAGACAUCCUGCAGCACGGCCGCUUUAAGAAGCAGCUGAGCGAGAGAGACGUGGAGUGGAUCUGCAGAGCGCUGCUCGCUUACUGCCUAGUGCACUACAGAGGAGACGACAAGAUCAAGAGCUUCAUGUGGGACCUGAUCGCUCCGACCGAGGACGGCAGGACCAAAGAACUCCAGAACCACUUGGGACUCUCCACGCCGGUUCCUCGGGGCAGGAAAGGGAAGAAGAUGAAGACUCAGUCCAGCGGGUUUGACAUUCAGAAAGCUGAGUGGAUCAGGAAGCACAACCCGGAGCACAUGCUGUCUGAUGACGGAUACAAGAAGCAUCUAAAGCAUCACUGUAACAAGGUAUUAUUGAGGGUGAGAAUGCUGUACUACCUGAAACAGGAGCUCAUUGGUUCUCAGUGUCAGAAAGUGCUGGAUGGAGUUGAAGCAAGUGAGAUCGAGAUCUGGGUUCCUGAGCCGGAUCAUUCGGAGCUGCCUGUUAUGUGGUGGGACAUGCUAGCAGACAAGUGUCUGCUGUUAGGAGUCUACAAGCAUGGUUAUGAGAAGUAUAACACUAUUCGUGCAGAUCCUGCUCUGUGCUUCCUAGAGCGGGUCGGCCGACCGGACGACAAGGCCAUCGCUGCUGAACAGAGAGCAAAUGACUUUAUGGAUGGGGAUGGUGACGAUCCGGAGUACAAGCCUGCACCCACUUUGCUUAAAGAUGAUAUGGAGGAUGAUGCGUCCUCUCCUGGUGAUCUGGUCAUAACGGAUACAGGAGGAGAAGGCAUGCUAGACGUGGGAGGCAGUUCUCUGGGAGCUGUCACGGAAGCAUACUGGCCAUCUUCAUCCGCCUUAACGGCUCGGCUGAGGCGCCUGAUCACCGCAUCCCAGCGCUUCACCAAGAGCAGGCAGAUCCUGCAGAUCCACCAGACACAGCAGACUUCUACCCCUGACCUUUGCCCUCUGCCUCCCAUGCUUACGGAUGCGAUCAACCCCAAAAUGGCUGCCAAGAUCGAACGGCAACAAAGGUGGACCCGGAGAGAGGAGGCAGAUUUCUACCGCGUGGUGUCUACGUUCGGCGUGGUGUUUGAUCCGGAACUGGGCCGCUUCGACUGGACCAAAUUCAGAGCCAUGGCUCGGCUGCACAAGAAGACCGACGAGAGUCUCCACAAAUACCUCUGUGCUUUCACUGCCAUGUGCAGGCGGGUCUGCCGCCUACCACCGAGGGAGGGAGACGUCGUGGAUCCGUCUCUGUCCAUCCAGCCGAUCACAGAAGAGCGUGCCUCACGUACGCUGUACCGCGUGGAGCUGCUCCGGCAGAUUCGGGAACAGGUCCUGCGCCACCCUCAGCUCUUUGAGCGCUUGGCGCUAUGCCAACCUGGCUCAGAUCUGCCCGUGUGGUGGGAGCCGGGCGCUCAUGACCGCGACUUGCUAAUCGGUGCAGCUAAGCACGGAGUGAGCCGGACAGACUACCACAUCCUCCGAGACCCUGAGCUGAGUUUCAUGACAGCCCAGAGGAACUACAGCCAAAACAAGGGCGCAGCGGCACAAAGCCAAGCCCAAAAUCAGGCACUGCUGCUUGGACAGACGCGCACCCCGACCCCUUUAGCACAGAGCCAGAAUCCUGGAGCUCCGCCUUCACCACUAACUAACUCCAUCCCUAGGGAGGUUACACCCAAGGAGGAGCUGCUUUUAGCGGGAGAGGAGGAGGCGGGGACACAGACCUGGCCUUCCCUCAGGCCUCCCACGCCUACAGGAGUGGGGUUGAAAGAAGAGAAAGAAGGAGAAAAUGAGAGACGGAUGGAGGCCGCACGAACCAAGCCGCUCGCACCCAACCCCGAGAGCCGAAAGCAGAAAAAACUGAGCAAGAGAAGUCGCAAGGAGGCCAGGAGGAGGUCCGGGUCCGACACGGAUUCAGAUGCAUCUUCCUCGAGCUCCUCGUCCAGCUCUUCAUCGAGAUCCUCGUCUUCGUCGUCGUCUUCUUCGCGGUCAGGGUCCAGUUCCUCGUCCUCGUCGUCUUCCUGCUCUUCCGGCUCGUCGUCUUCGUCGUCAUCGUCCUCGUCUUCUGAAGAGAGCGAUGGCGAAGAGGUUCCAAAGAACACUGCAGUGGUGCCUGGCGUUAAAGGCUUUGACGAGGACAGCAUAGCAUCUCAUAGCACUACUCACGACGACACGCAGGACAGUCACGUGACCAACGGCACCACUAACCUCUCCCACCCUUUUCACGGCGGAGGCUACAUGCUCGCUGCUUCCUAUUGGCCGAAGGACCGUGUUAUGAUAAACCGACUGGACAGUAUUUGUCAGGCGGUGUUGAAGGGUAAGUGGCCCGGGUCUCGGCGAUCGUACGAGGGAAGUGCUACGGUGUCCUCGUUUUACACCACUAAGCUCAUGGACAACGCCGCCAGCUUGGCAGACGACCCCGCAGCCUCUCCUCAGGGUUCAAAGGUGAAGAAGCAUGAUGCAGACAGAGAAAAGGAGUUCUCAGUCAAAAUAAAUGACGAAGGCAGUCUGAAACUGACCUUCCAGAAGCAGGGUUUGCCAUUAAAGCGCCCUCUAGACGGCGAGGAGGGACCUCUGGCCCAGCAGCAGUACCUGGCUAGACUACAGGAACUGCAGAGUGCCUCUGAUAGCAGCCUGACUGACUAUACCAAAACACAGAACAGCUAUCCACCCGGCCUGAGUGGACAGAUGCGACUGAACGGACUGGUCGAUGGUCAGCCGGUGAUGAAGAAGAGGAGAGGAAGAAGGAAGAAUGUAGAAGGGAUGGAUCAUCUCUUUCUGAACAAGAACAGACCUACUGCGUUGCCUGAUCAGGUUCCUCCAGGUUGGAGCGGGGUCACGACCCCAGCCUCGACCCCUGGCGCCUCACAGGUCGUUGCCGGGCCCGUGGACACCGAGAGCAGAGUCCCCGUGAUAAACCUCAAAGACGGGACACGGCUCGCCGGGGAUGACGCUCCUAGACGGAAGGAUCUAGAUCAGUGGCUGAAGGAGCACCCGGGCUUCGUAGCAGACGUCGGAGCCUUCAUCCCGGGGGUGAAUAAGAUACAGUUUCAGGACGGACGGCCGAAGCAGAAGAGACAUCGCUGUAGAAAUCCCAACAAGAUUGACGUCAACAGCCUGACGGGAGAGGAACGAGUCCAAAUCAUCAACAGGAGAAACGCUCGCAAGAUCGGCGGUGCGUUUGCUCCUCCUCUGAAGGAUUUGUGCCGGUUCCUCCAGGAGAAUCCAGAGUAUGGAAUUCCUCCAGAGUGGGCAGACGUCGUCAAACAGUCGGGCUAUCUCCCGGAGAGCAUGUUUGACCGCAUCCUCACAGGUCCUAUCGUACCGGAGGAGGUGAGCAGACGAGGGCGUCGGCCCAAAAAUGCUCUGGCCAAAGCGGCUAAUGUGGCUAACGCUAACGCCAGCGCGGCUCUGGGCGUCAACCCUCUCCUGAGCAAUGGGCUGGUCUCCGGUCUGGACCUGAACAGCCUGCAGGCCCUGCAGAGCCUUCAGAACUUCCAGCUCACCGCAGGUCUCAUGGGCCUCCAGACUGACCCUGCCAACAUGGCCGCCAUGCUUCCCAUGAUGCUCUCCGGCAUGGCCGGCCUGCCCAACCUACUCGGAAUGAGCGGCCUGCUGGGAAAACAGGAAGCCGCCUCUGUCGAGGAUUCAGGGAAGAAAAGUGGCGGGGAAACGACGGCACAGACGUCAGAGAUCCAGUCGGAGAGGACAGAAAGUCCAAGCUCAACAAGUGCUUCAGCCUCAGGCCAAGCGUUAGCCCUCAACCCCUUACUGCUCUCCAGCAUGCUUUACCCAGGGAUGCUUCUCAACCCAGGCCUUAAUUUACCUGUGGCCAAUCAGCCACAAGCUACCAGUCCUCAGCUCGCCCCUCCAGCUCAGCCCGCCCCCUCUGACGCCGCACAGCAAAGCUCAGGCCAAUCCGAGAAGGACGCGGAGGACGACGGCGAGGAGCCUGACGAACAGAAGGACAUCAGUGGUCCCGAGGGCUCGGGGAAGGCGGAGUCAUCUUCCUCAGACGCAGACAGCUCCUCAUCAUCUUCGUCAGAUGACUCUGAUUCCAGCGACGAAGACUGAGCCUUUAUAUAUAUUAUAUAAAUAAAUAUAAAUACAUAUAUAUUUAUAUUACAUCUCUUAGAAAUGUACACAUGCAAACACGUAUAUAAGAGCACUUACAUAAUGAUUUAAGGUUGUUUUUUUUUUUGUUGUUGUUUUUUUUUCCCGUGUAAAUAUGAGAACGAAAGUGUUGUGUAAUAAAGAUCGGGGGGACAAAAUGAGGAAGAAAAGAAAAAGGAAAAAAAACGACGAGACUCCACGGAUGCUGAAACGAGAUUUCAGUGUUUGUCUAGGUACAGCGUUGUUUUUUUGGAAGAAAAGGAAAAAGAAAAAAAAAAAAAAAACAUUUUGCAUGUCCAGGAACUUUAGUAGAUUUUUUUUUUUGUGAACUUUUCUUGUGUAUUGCACAGUGAUGUACAAUUGCAGAAGACAAGAAAUCAACAAGAAAAUAAUUGGCAUUACUGUAUUAAUUAUAUUGGGAUUUAAUUUUAUUAAAAAGAAAAGAAAACGAGGACGUUAUUGCUCAUGCCGAGCUGUAUAAUUAAUAUAUUUUGUGUGGAAGAAACAGAACUUGACUAUUUUGGUUUUCUUUGGUAAAUAAUUUUGCAGGAUCAUACGACAUCUGAAUUUCAGACAGUCUAGUACUUAUAACUUCAGCAAUAACACAGGCAGCUAACGAAUGUCACUGAAGCUGUAGAUACCGCCGUCACCGUGCUUCACUCUCCAUUCUUCCUCCAUUCUUCCUGCUGCUUUCUACAUUCUUAUCCUUUUUUUUUCUUUUUUUUUUAAAAAAAUGUUUCAACCUUUCACCAGUAGAUUUUCUGUCUUGUAACAUAUUAUAAAUAUUCUUUAUUAUUCUCUAUGUAUCCCAGUACUUACUGCAAAUCCUUUCUUCUUUUUUUUUUUUUUUUUUUUUCUUCUUGGUAACUCAACAUGCUUUCCAUAAAAUACAUCCAGAUACAUUUUUAAUUUUUAUUUAAUGUUAUUUUUUUGCAAGUUGAGUAUGAAAUGGACCACGUGAUAUUAUCAGUAUAGGUGUAAUGCUAAUGACAUGACCGGUGUAGAUGCCGUGUCGGGGAUUGUCUGAGGCUGCGUUCCUGAGGAAAAUGAAGUCUAGCCAUGUGUGUGUUCUCGUACCAAAUGUCAUUCCGUAAUAAACUGGAAUAACGCUGGUGAAAUCAAGUGUUUCUGGAUAGGGGAUGGGGAAAAUGGAAAAACAAACAUACGAGUAUGGGCUGUCUCAUGUAGUGCUUCUGGGCUCGUACCUACAAUGCCUCGAGUGUGUGUGUGUUGGAGCAACAAAUAGGCCCCGUCUUUCGCCUUCAAAUCUGCCUGCUUCCUCUUUGUGUGGUGUGUGUGUGUGUGUGUGUAUGCGUGUGCGUCCAUUAAUCCUCUUGGUAAUUGUGGCAUGUUCUGCUUGCAUGUUGUCAUUCAUAACAGUAAAGCUCCAUUAUCGUCCUUCAGUCCUAAUUUCCAGAGCUGUUCAAGUGUUGGUAUAUUGUCUGUAGGUAUUAAAAAAAUAAAUAAAUAAAUAAAAAAAAGCAGCAAGUUAAGGUAUUUAAAGCAGUCUUUUAAAGCUAAUUAAUCCCGUUGUUGGUGUGUAUAAACAUCUCGUCGUCAGUGCAUGGGACGUUUUCAUGGAAAACUCUUCGUCUAGAGUCGCGUUCUUUUGAGAAAUUUAAUAAAAGGUGGUGUUAAUAUGCUGAAGCGCAGUUCCUCGUGUCCUGAGGUUGAGAAUCAGGGCAGAAAUGUGUGGCAUUUGGUGGUUGUUGUGCGUGUGUGUGUGUGUGUGUGUGUGUGUAUAAAAGGAUCAUCCGAGACACGAUUUACAUUCGUGAAUGUUUGAUUUGUCUCAUUAAUUAACAACUCGUGCGCUGUUUAAAAUGAAUUAACCCCAGGACCGAGUGAGGAAACUGCUUCAGGUCGUCACAUAAAGUCCGUAGCAUCAAACUCCCGGAAGGAGUCGCCAGUGCCAGUUUUAUACAUUGCUAAUAAUGAUGCGUACGAUGAUAUAUAUAUAUAUAUAUAUAUAUAUAUGAAUGAGCAAGCAGUACGGUAAACUCGAGGGUUGUACAUUUUCACUCGACUCCUGAAGAAACCUCAGCUUUUAAGCUACGACGUUUGGACUGAACGGUUUAAUAAUAAACCCAAGGCAUCACUGUUUUUAUUCAGUCUCAUCAGUGUAUCCGCAAGUGCUGACUGACUUUUUAACUGCCCUUUUUUAGAAGUGCUCUUACACCGUACCUCUGAAUCUGCCCCUCAGACACGAGGGCAGAAAAGCAUCCGCGUUACCAUACUACUACUACUUCUUAAAAUAGCAAUUUCAGGUUUUUUUUUUUGUUUGUUUGUUUUGUUUUUAAAAAAAAAAAAAAAAAUUCUUGACAUCCUGAAUUUUUUUUUUUUCAUUUUAGCUGUACCGAAUCUUUAAAUUAUUUGUUCUUGAGCACAUCUUGUGUAUCGCAACUUUUACAUAUUCAUCCAUCUCUGGUCAUGUCAAGUAGUAGUAAUAAUAAUAAUAAUAAUAAUGAUAAUAAUAAUAAUUUCAAUGCUUUCCUUUAUUUCUCCUCUGUGCUGAGCUGUGUCCAUCGUCCUAUUAAAAAAUAAUAAUAAAUAAAUCCCACUUAAAAAAAAAAAAAAAAAUUAAAGUUGUGAAUAUAAUCCAACCAAGAGCUGGACAAACUUUAUUUUUGUGUUUUUAAAGUUUAUUUGAAUUUUUUUUUUUUUUUUUUUUCUUCACAACUCUUGUCGAACCAUCAGAUAUUACAGUUUAAUGUGUAUGGUGUUGAUUUACAUAUCCAAUCCUGCACCACUGACCCUCACUGGAUCACUUCCUUCCUUCCUUCAUUCGCAACAUGCAAGCAGAAUAAAAAGCAUAUACACUACUGUAAAGCCGUUUUAUUUUUAUUAUAUUUUUUUUCUUCAACAAUGAGAAAUAGAUGUUGCUAUGACGAAUAGAAAAUGGCCUUUCUGUGUUUUUAUUUGGUAGUUGUUUGAUGCUCUUGAUACGCGAUACUACAGAUCAUUCUUGUUUUGUUGGAUUUUUUUUUUUUUUUUGUUCUUUGGACGGUUGCAAUAUUUGCAAAAGUUGUGCUCUCGUGUUAGACGCAAAAACACUUCAUGUAGUGGAGAUUACAUGUCUUAAGAAGUGAUUUCUAAUUUAUUGAAUUACUUUCUAUGAAGUCUCUAUAGAGAAAAAAUUGAGGUUUAAUUAUUUUUAUUAAACGUAUUCUAACUAUC